AAAGGGAGGUUCGUGGGGGCUGUGCUCACGCUGGCGCCGCUGCUAGGAAACUCAGCUCUGGGCUGGGAUCGCUAAGGCUACUUUCUUCCACCUGCCAGGCGGGAGGGGGGAGGGGAGCCCGCCCGCUUGACUCAGCCCUACCGAGUGUUGGUUCAACCGGCGCUUGUUUGCAGAGCUGUCUCGUUCUGGGGGAAAGUGGAGCGUCCUGCCUUUGGCCAGAUCUGAAUGGAGCUGUAUGGGAAGAUGGCCUCUGCUCAAGACUCCAAGUAUGGACAGAAGGACACAUCAGAUCAGAAUUUUGAUUACAUGUUCAAACUGCUCAUCAUUGGCAACAGCAGCGUUGGGAAGACCUCUUUCUUGUUCCGUUACGCCGAUGAUUCUUUUACAUCAGCUUUCGUAAGCACCGUUGGAAUUGAUUUCAAAGUAAAAACUGUUUUCAAAAAUGAGAAAAGAAUUAAGCUACAGAUCUGGGAUACAGCUGGACAGGAGAGAUACAGGACAAUUACUACAGCCUACUAUCGGGGUGCGAUGGGCUUCAUUUUAAUGUAUGACAUCACCAACGAAGAGUCCUUCAACGCUGUGCAAGAUUGGUCAACCCAAAUAAAAACUUACUCUUGGGAUAAUGCCCAGGUUAUUUUGGUCGGUAAUAAAUGUGACAUGGAAGAAGAACGGGUAAUCUCCACUGACAGAGGGAAACAUUUAGCGGAACAACUUGGUUUUGAAUUCUUUGAAACAAGUGCCAAGGAUAACGUCAAUGUCAAGCAGACAUUCGAGCGGCUCGUGGAUAUCAUCUGCGACAAAAUGUCGGAAAGUCUGGAGACGGAUCCUGCCAUCGCCGCUGGUAAACAGAACACAAGACUAAAGGACACCCCUCCUCCACAGCAACCCAACUGUGGCUGUUAAUAGAGUCAUCGUCGACAGGGGCAGCUCCAGUGUGUUCUUUUGCCAAUAGAGUAUUUACAUAUAGGGUCUAUAUGCCUUUAUUUAUAAUGUCUUACUGGUUCGUUGGGAGGAUUCUGUCUCGUUUAGCAUCCACUGCUGGUACAGUAUGUGCAUAGAGCUAUUCUGUGGAAACUGAUCACAAGUGUAUCAGGAAAGGACUCUCCUCCGGGUUCUCAGCAAUUAGCCUCUGCACGUAGAUGGCUGUUAGUCUUUUCUCUUAACGUUUGCCUUUUCUCAACGUAUAUCUAUUACUGUUAUUCAGCUGGUUCUGUGACCUCAGACCCCAGUUUUGUCUAGACGCUGCUCUUCCUUCACCUGUUUCUGGUUACACUGUUUUGCUAUUCUAGGGUGAUGAUCCUGCAGUUCAGGAGUAGGAUUCACAUCGUCCAAAUCAAUAUCAACGUAUUGCAGGAGGUCAGGGAUCUAAGCAUACAAGCACAGCCGUAACUGCCAAGUACGUUGCCAGAAUCUAUAUUCUCCAGGGGAGUUUAUUAUGCAAGGUGACUUUUGAAUAGUGGUCCCCAUUGUGGGUACCCUAGUGACUGCCAAAGUGUAUUCUGGUGCCCACUUGGUUCUUUCUUGAAGCACUUCUUCCCCAAAGCAAUGAGCCAGUCUUGGCUUUUCUCCACUUAACUGUAGUAGGAGGUGCUUCAGCCCAGUCCUGGUGUUUGCAAGAAGCAUCCAUUGUAGAAACAGCUGCCUUUAUCACUUAGAGGAUGCUUGGCUUGAAACCACCCAAUAUUUUCUUAUCUAAUCUAGCCUUCCUGGCAGUCAUUUUGGUGUGUUGCCCACCCUCUUGCCUCAAAAUUCCAAAAAUGCCCACAGCUUCAACAAGGCUGAGGGGGCUCCUGAUUUGGAGAAACCACAAGGUGUUUCUCUAAGUAAGUGGAAGGAGGGCAUUUCAGAUGUUUUUCCAGUUUCCACAUUAUGGUGAACAGUCACUCACAAUGGAGCCAAAACGCACAUUUUCCUCAUCUCUGGUGGUUGGUCUGAUGGUUUAAGAAAAGUUUGAAGAAGAAGAGUUUGGAUUUAUAUUCCCCCCUUUCUCUCCUGUAGGAGACUCAAAGGGGCUUACAAUCUCCUUUUCCUCCCCCCACCCACA